CUGAACCAGUGAUUCUCAAAAUGUGGUCUCUGAUUAGCAGCGGCACUAGUAUCACCUGGAGACUUGCUACAAAUGUAAAACUGCAGCCCCACCUAAAACCUAAUGAUUCAGAAACUCUGAGAGUGCACUCCAGCUCUCUGUUCUAACAAGAUGUUCAGGUGAGCUGAAGCUCCCUACAGGUUGAGAACUUAGCUCUAGGUGCCUCCCUAAAGACAACGGUAUGACUUCUACUGGUUCUUAUAACAUUCCCUCUCUGUGAAAGAGUAGGAAUAUCUUAUAUUUUAGCCAACGCACAUCUCUCAGUUUCACCAGUGAUAGCUCAUUUCUACCUUCACAUGCCGCAAGUUUCACUUGUAAAAUCCUAAUUUGCUAAUUAACCGUAUCGCAGCAGCAGCAGCAGAGAUGGACCAAUCUUUAUCAAGAUACAGAAAACAGAAGCCCUCACAGCCUCUGGAGCAUGGGCUUUCUUGCUGCCUUAUUAGAACACCAGUCAAGCACCUGUGCGUUCCUGACUGGGGUAUUAGAGGCGCCUGGACCAUCAACAGGCCCACAUAGCACACUGUAUGCUGCAGUGUGACAAAUACAAGACCGGAGUUAUUGAUGGGCCUGCAUGUAAUAGCCUUUGUGUUACAGAAACUCUUUACUUUGGAAAAUGUUUAUCCACCAAGCCCAACAAUCAGAUGUAUUUAGGGAUUUGGGAUAAUCUACCAGGUGUUGUGAAGUGUCAAAUGGAACAAGCACUUCAUCUUGAUUUUGGUACAGAAUUGGAACCAAGAAAAGAAAUAGUGCUAUUUGAUAAGCCAACUAGGGGAACUACUGUCCAGAAAUUCAAAGAGAUGGUCUACAGUCUCUUUAAGGCAAAGUUGGGUGACCAAGGGAACCUCUCUGAGCUGGUUAACCUCAUCUUGACAGUAGCUGAUGGAGACAAAGAUGGCCAGGUUUCCUUGGGGGAAGCGAAGUCAGCAUGGGCACUUCUUCAAUUAAAUGAAUUUCUUCUCAUGGUGAUACUUCAAGAUAAAGAACAUACCCCCAAAUUAAUGGGAUUCUGUGGUGAUCUCUAUGUGAUGGAAAGCGUCGAAUAUACCUCUCUUUAUGGAAUAAGCCUUCCCUGGGUCAUUGAACUUUUUAUACCAUCUGGGUUCAGAAGAAGCAUGGAUCAGUUGUUCACACCAUCAUGGCCUAGAAAGGCUAAAAUAGCCAUAGGACUUCUAGAAUUUGUGGAAGAUGUUUUCCAUGGCCCAUAUGGAAACUUCCUCAUGUGUGAUACUAGUGCCAAAAACCUAGGAUAUAAUGAUAAAUAUGACUUGAAAAUGGUGGACAUGAGAAAAAUUGUGCCAGAGACAAACCUGAAAGAACUUAUAAAGGAUCGUCACUGUGAGUCUGAUUUGGACUGUGUCUAUGGCACGGAUUGUCGAACUAGCUGUGACCAGAGUACAAUGAAAUGUACUUCAGAAGUGAUACAACCAAACUUGGCAAAAGCCUGUCAGUUACUCAAAGACUACCUACUGCGUGGUGCUCCAAGUGAAAUUCGCGAGGAAUUAGAAAAGCAGCUGUAUUCUUGUAUUGCUCUCAAAGUCACAGCAAAUCAAAUGGAAAUGGAACAUUCUUUGAUACUAAAUAACCUAAAAACAUUACUGUGGAAGAAAAUUUCCUACACAAAUGACUCUUAGUUCAUUUGGACAUUGUGACCAUUUUAAGAAACUUAGCACUUCAAAAGAAAACUAUUCAUCAUUUUUUCUACAUGGCUUGAUUCAAACCCUUGCGUUAACAAACUCCUUUCCCCUGGUCCUAAGGAAGCCAUCAUCUUAAAAUACAUGUUGAUUGCUGAAGGCAGGAGUUACAGGAUCAAAAGGUCCAAAAAUUUAUUCCUGUCCUUUUAGAAACUCUUGGUAAACUUCCUAGUACAUCUACCGUGUAACUAUUUUGACUAAUGACUUAAAAAAUAAUGCUGUGAAAAGCCUCAUUCCAUAAACAUCAACAGUGAAGAGUAUUUUGUAGAUUUGUUAGCCAAAUAUCAGUGCUGGAAAUUGUGUCUGCAUUGAAGCUGCUAUUUAAAAAAGAAAAUUUAUAAACUUACUAAUGUCUUAGCAUGGUAAAGUUUGCACAUUAACAGGAAUUAAGACUGCAAAGCAGGUAAAUUAAAAUUACUCCUUUAUAAACAGGUGUUGGGUUAAUAGCAUGGUUUCUUAUAUUAUACACUAAAAUCCAUUUAUGUAUGAAAUUUUACAUCGCUUCAGAAUGUUGAGUGGCCCUUCCCCACUUGAAACCCAUCAGGAAGAUUCUUUCUGGCAUCUUAUGGAACUAACUGCCAAUUUCAGAGGCUGAAUAUGGAUGAGCUUUCAUCAUCCUAGAUUUAAAGCAUCUGUAUCUUAGUAACCAGCCACUGGUCCUUCAAAGGCCCAUCUUUAGGCCACAGACCCAACAGUUCCACAUAUCUUGAAUCUGAGCUAUUCAGAGUGGGACUCUGAAAUCAUACAACUUCCUAUUAAUAACUAUUUUCAAACAUUAUUCCCUGUUGGCCAAAGGGCUGUUUCUUAAGAGGCAUGUAAAUUUACCCACCUAAUGCUUUGUCAUGUAAAUUUGACAUACAAGGGUUGAUAUGUGCUCCUCUCUUGUUUAUUCAGAUCUGGCAUGUGCCUUUCAACUCUAUAAAAUGAAACAGCUCAUGUGAGAAAGACCCAGUAUUUUCUGCUCAAAGCUUCACCUGGUUAAAAUGAACAUGUUAAAAUUAUAUGACCUUCAUGGGACAAUUUCCUCUGAAAAAUUAAAGCCAGGAAUUAGUAUCAGUUUUUCUUACUUUAAAAUUGUAAACUUUGAAGGUACUUUUUCUUCCCACUUAUCAUGUGGUUACAAUAAAUGAAUUGAAGAAAUA